GUCAAUAGCUGCUGCAAAAGUGUCAAGGCAUCUUCUAACUGUAACUCCUGUAUUGGCCAGGCUAUCCAGCACAUGAUGUCGGAGACCAAGGACAUGAAGGACCUCCUGCAGGAGGGGAUAGAGAAGGUCAUAAACUCAGAGUUCACCCUGGGAGAGUGCAAGACACUGGUGGCCUCCAUGAGACUCUGUCUGAGUCCAUCGGGAACUCCACCAUCCCCGGAACUCCAGACUCAGGCCAUCAGACUCACCUGCAACUUCACCGACUUUGCCUUGACACAGGGGUGUGACAUGUUUCAAGCCUUCCAAUAUUUCUAUAGAACCAUGAUUCUACUGGACAUCACUGCUAGCCUUGAAGGCACAGAGCCUGGCCGAGAACUGGUUCUAAACAUGGCCUGUGCCUAUUCUGCAGCCUCGCUAUGGAGGACUCUGUUCAUUGACACCCAGAUAUGGAGCAUUAAUCAAUCGAGCACACAAGGGCUGCUGCGGGACUUGAGAGAGUUAGCUUUCGAGUAUACGAAGGAGAAUCCAGCAUUCUCCUACUCUCUGUGCCUCGACCUUCUCCGAGCAUACACGGUCAUUGGAAGAGGGUUCUCCCAAAAACAAAAGACAAGGAUAAGAGGCGAUCUUAUUCACCUGCUGGCCAAGUGCUGCUACCAAGCGGGGCAGUACAGACUUUGUACCAGACACUGUAAAGAGGCCUGCGAGCUCUUUGACUGCGGCAGCUACAUUCCCUACGAGCUCUGGGCACGAGCUCUUCACAAGAACGGACAAUACAGAGCGGCACUCGACAAAGUGGAUUGGGCUAAAAACUGUAUUCAGGUUCAUUUCAAGUUUGUGUGA